CCAGCCUCUCCUCCGCAACCGCGUUCUUCAGCACUCCUCUUCCUCAUGUGUCUGGUAAAGCGUCUCUCCUCCAGCUGCCAGGGUAUACAACUUUCCUUCCAGCUGCUUUCUACAAAGCAGACAAACUGUGCAGGACACGCAGACGUUUGGACCAGAAUGUGAAUUUUUCUGCCCGAGAGUUCGAAAGGUUUAUCUUUUUACUUUGUUUUUCAGGAAUGGAUUAUGAUAUGUUUUUCUCAGUUGCUUUGUAAGUUUUCUGAAAAUAUUUCACUUGUGGAAAGUUAAUAGAAUUGUCUUUUUUUUUAACUUCAGAUCAAGGACCGGAUAAACUUUUUCUUAGUUUUAGUUUUGUGGCAGGUUUACAGAAACAGAAGCAGAAAUGCGAGCAAAUUGGGUACUUUUAGUCAGGAUUUAGUCUUCCUGGAUAAUGAUAUUCAUUUGUCACAAGGAUUUGCACUGGAAAAUUCAAGCUUUUCUGUUUUCUUUUCCUGUCUCUUGUGUCCUUCACAAAACCUUCUGUGGUUGUUUUUACUGAGGUUUCCGGACAUCCUACCCGCUAUCGACUCAGGAUUAGAAUUUUUAGCACUGUCAUCAGCUCUGUGUCAAAGGAAUUUUCUAUCUAACACGUGGACCCGAGAAUUCAUUUGAUUUGUUCACCAUGUUGUAAGCCUUACAACCUCAACCGCAAAAGGAAAGGACUUGUACCCAGCGUGAGGAAACCUGAAGACAGAACUCCAAAGAGCCACAUUGCUCCACCCAGCUCCACCCAGCUCCACCCGGAGGCGAUUCUGAGAGGCAGCAGCACCUGCACCCGAGCCACUGGCGGAACCAUGCCCGUCCGGAUCACCUGCACCAUCUCCUUCUCCACCGACGACGAGCCCAACGGCGGCGCCUGCGGCGACGGGUUCGAGGACCGCUACAGGCGUGUCCUCAGGGCGGGGAGCGCCAAAGACGGGUCGCCCGCGGAGGACGGCUGCGACGAGCUGGACGUGUACGACGAAGACGAGGACGAGGGUGGCGGUGGCGGCGACGUGCCCGACCUGGCGACCUUCGCCUCGGGGUGCUCGCUCCACGGGGCCAACCACGUCUUCGUGGAGGGGACCAAGUUCGGCGUGCGGCAGGGGCUGUGGGCCAUCGUCUUCCUGCUGGCGCUCUCCAUGUUCCUCCUGCAGGUGGGGGACCGCGUCGUCUACUACCUGCAGUACGACCACGUCACCCUGCUGGACGAGAAGGUGGCCAAGCAGAUGAACUUCCCCGCCGUCACCUUCUGCAACUACAACACCUUCCGCCAAUCGCAGCUCAGCUACAGCGACCUGCUGUUCAUGGGGCCCCUGCUGGGGUACGAGGAAGACAUGGCCCCCGGCAUCACCCUGGCCCCGGAGCCCGACCGCCGCGGGCGCCCCUUCAGCGUGGACGAGUUCUUCAACCGGACCAAGCACCGCCUGGAGGACAUGCUGCUCGAGUGCGAUUUCAGGGGCCAGGACUGCGGCACUGAGAACUUCCUGGAGAUCUUUACCCGCUACGGAAAAUGCUACACCUUCAACUCAGGGAAAGACGGACGCCCUCUGCUGGUGACGAUGAAAGGCGGAAUGGGGAAUGGCUUGGAGAUCAUGCUGGACAUUCAGCAGGAUGAGUACCUCCCCGUCUGGGGGGAGACGGACGAGACGUCGUUUGAAGCGGGCAUUAAAGUGCAGAUCCACAACCAGGACGAGCCGCCUUUCAUCGACCAGCUGGGCUUCGGCGUGGCACCGGGAUUCCAGACCUUCGUGUCGUGCCAGGAGCAGAGGCUGACGUACCUGCCGCCUCCCUGGGGUGACUGCAAGGCCACGGCCAUGGACUCUGAGUUCUUCAGCAGCUACAGCAUCACGGCCUGUCGCAUCGACUGCGAGACGCGCUACCUGGUGGAGAACUGCAACUGCCGCAUGGUGCACAUGCCCGGAGAUGCUCCCUACUGCACUCCGGAGCAGUACAAGGAGUGUGCCGAUCCUGCUCUGGACUUCCUGGUAGAGAAGGAUAAUGAUUACUGCGUGUGUGAGACUCCGUGUAACAUGACGCGCUACAACAAAGAGCUGUCCUUCGUCCGGAUCCCCAGCAAGGCGUCCUCGAAGUACCUGGCCAAGAAGUUCAACAAGUCGGAGCAGUACAUCGCCGAUAAUAUCCUUGUGCUGGAUAUCUUCUUUGAGGCUCUGAACUACGAGACCAUAGAACAGAAGAAAGCGUAUGAGAUUGCGGGACUGCUGGGUGACAUUGGAGGCCAAAUGGGCCUGUUCAUUGGAGCCAGCAUUUUGACCAUCUUGGAGCUGUUUGACUACUUGUAUGAGGUGAUCAAGUUCAAGCUGUGCCGCUGCUCGAAGAAGAAGAGCAAGCAGAGCAGCAGCAACGACCGCGGUGCCGUCCUGAGCCUGGACGACGUGAAGCGCCACGUCAGUACCCGCGACUGAGCCUCGGCACCGUCAGAACCAGACCCGGGUCAAACGCGCUCCUUGCGAAAAUAUCCGCGCACCGUCUACAUAUCCCGCAAACAUGCUACCUCAUCACCCUGGGCAGGGAAACUUUGAGGACUUCACCUGCUGAGCCAGUCACCGAGGAGCAUGGAGGCAGAGCCUUGUAGCCUGCGCUACCAAAGUCAGCAACUACAACUUUCAAUAAGGACAUUUAUGGUAUUGGAACAGAUUUUAAUGGGUUUUUUUUUCUUCAGUUUUUAUGAGCUUUUUUAAUGGAGUAUUUGCUUCUCCAUUUCACAUGGAGAAAGAAACUGAAUAAUCCACCACAAACAAAAACAAAAGCCAAGCAGAAAAACCCAGUUAGAAGAGUAUGUGAGGGGAGCCCGAACCUUUUCGAAGGAGGACCUUUCGUCACAGAUUUUGUGCUGCCGUCUCAGAAGAGAUCCUUUUCGAGGCCUGGCGAAUGCGGAGCGCUUGGCCUCGCAGAGCGCGAAUGUAAAAAGUUUCGUUGUCAACCGGACGCUUGUGUGAAAGCUUUUCUUUCCGAUGCCCCUUGCCUUUACUGCACCGACACACAGACUUUUCCAGAAACUUUCCGGUGCAUUUGGACAGUACAGUAGAAUACAGCAUCGCAUUCUCAGCUGUUCAUGUAGCAACUGUUCAUUUCUCCCUGUCACCUGACCAGCCAAAAGCAGGUCUCAGUGUAUUUCUCAUGAGAAGGUAUCUUCUCCCUGGGUUAAAACAGCUGCCUGGAAACCCAAGGGAGAAAGGUGCUGUGGG